AUGUGUCACGCUCUUAAUUGCCAGGUAAGUUAUUACCGGAGUGAGCUUACCAACUGCCGAGCUGAAAAGGAACAACUCGAGGCUCAACUCGCGAAUGGAAAAUCGGAGAUUCAACAACUCGAGGCGACACUCAAUGACGCGAAUGCCGCUAUCGGGAGCAACGAGAAACUGAGAGCGCUUGAUCAGGAAGCAAUGGCUAAGGAGAAGAUGGAGUUGAAGGAAUCUUAUGAUAGAGAGACACAAAAAAAUCGGAAGCUCCAAGAGCAACAGGACCUCGUCAUCCAAGAGUUGGAGAGCAAACUGGCGGUUGCAAGUCAAAAAGAAAGAAAGCUCCAGGAGCAACAUGUCAAGGAGAUGAGGGGAAAGGACUCGCUAAUCCAGGAGCUGGAGAGCAAGUUGACGGCUAGUCAGGAGGAGAACGCCAGGAAGAUUCAGGACAAGGAUCUUGAUCUUCAAAAGGAGAUCACCUUGAAGGAGGAGAACGCCAGGAAGAUUCAGGAGCUAGAGAAGGUACAUCAGAAGAAUGCCAGAGACACGGUGGUGAAAACCAUACUAUUGGAAAAUGUCCAUCAGAUAAGUUCCAAUAAGAUUCUAAAGCUCCAGGAGCAACAUGACAAGGACAUCGGAGCCAAGGAUCUGAAAAUCCAGAUGUUGGAAUUGGAGUUAUCAACUGUCCAGAAGAACAGUUGUGAGAAGAUUCUGAAGCUUCAGGAGCAACAUGACAAGAGGCUAUGCGGGAAGGAUCUAGAAAUCCAACAACUGGAGAUCAAGUUGGCAGCUGCCAAGAAAGAGAUCUCGGAGAAAGAGCUCCAGGAGCAUACUCUCCUGGAAAUUCAAGCGUUCGAUGCACAGAAUCAAUGUGAGAAGGUGUCGGUGAAAAAUACGGAGCAGAUGCCAAAUCACGUUGAGAAACCUAAGAGCGACUUGCAAGAGAAGAAAUCCGAAGAGCCAACUCUACUUCACAUUGAUCUCGGCAAACUCUAUAUGGAGCUCCAGGAAGCCAAGAAGCCACAAGAGGCUCUCACGGCUCAGUUGGCUGCUAAGGACAAGGAAAUCGUGUAUCUCACGAAGCAACAGAAAUCGAAGCUUGCUGCUAAGGAUUCAAAAAUCCUGAUUUUAACGGAGAAGAAUGAGAACCUGCAGGAGAUAAUCUACAAACAUCAGAUGACGAUGAUGGCGAAGGAUAGGCAGCUCGAAGCGUUGAAGGAGAAAGUUGCUGAUUUGGAGGCGGAGCUUGCAGAGCUCAAAGACGGUCGCGACGGACAAUCGGAAUAA